GAUGACGUAUGCCGUCCCGGUGAUAAACAAACAUGGCGGACUGUGAGAGAGAGGCUCCUGUGUAUUUCGCCGUCAGUAAUAUUCCUGUAGCUUUUCACUCGUCGGACCUGAGAAACUAUUUCUGUCAGUUUAUAGAAAGCGGUGGUUUUAAUUGUUUCCACUACCGACACCGGCCGGUGGUGCUGAGAGAAAACACGGAGGAGGGAAGCUCCGGCUCCGGCUCCGGCUCCACACAGACCGAGCAGCUCAGUGAAAACAACCCGGAGAAGAAGAAGCAGGCGGCGGGGUCGUGCUGUUGCGUCGUCUCGGUUCAGGGCAAAGACGCCGACCGGUUCGUCAAGAUGUACGCGGGGAAUCACUGGAUUAACUCGAAGGGGACGUGGCUGUCCAGGCGCUGUGUUAUCAAGAGAGUCAAAGUGACGCUCGACACAGAUGAUGAGCCAUUACCCUACAAAACAAAGUACGAGCAGCGGCACCGUGUUUCAUUAACGGAGCGCUUUACAGAGGCUGACCUCAAAACCUUGUCCGAGCUGAACCCACCCUCUCUGAUGCAGAACGGGAACGUGGGCACACCGGUGAAAGUGUUCCUCCAACUCAUCCAGUCCUGCCGACUGCCUCCACGCCUCAUCAGGAAGCUGGGCCUCAUUUUCCCCAAGACCAGCUCCAACCGCCGUUACGGCAACGUACCUUUCCAGUAUCACAACACCCGCACGCUCCCGGCCACAGAGGAGACCAUAUUCACAGCUACUGGACAUCAAAUAUCAGGACCGGGCACUUUUGCUGCUCGACGCUUGAGACCCAAGGCUGACACAGAAACAACAGAGACUGAUGAGCUGCAGGAGGAGGAGGAGGAGGAGAAAGAGGUGGAGGAGGAGGAUAAAGAGGAGGAGGAAAAGGAGGAGGAGGAUACACAGUCUAAUGCAGAUGAUGAUGAUGAUUGCUGUGAGGAGUGGGAACGACAUGAGGCUUUACAUGAAGAUGUCACGAGCCAAGAGCGAUGCAAAGAGAGGCUGUUUGAGGAGGAGAUCGAGUUGAAGUGGGAAAAGGGCGGAUCGGGCCUGGUGUUCUACACCGAUGCUCAGUAUUGGCAGGAAGAAGAAGGAGAUUUUGAUGAACAAACCACAGACGACUGGGAUGUCGACAUGAGUGUUUACUAUGAUAAAGACGGAGGUGACAUGGAUUCCCGUGACUAUGUCCGGAUGCGGUACGAAAAUAGGCUGAGGGACGGUCUUGAAGAUGGUUCUGGAUCCAGUCAGUCUAUCGGCAAGUUUGAGAGGUUCACUAAGGGCUUUGGCCGUCGUUUGAUGGAGAAGCAAGGCUGGAAGGAUGGCGAAGGCUUGGGGGACAGUCAGACUGGAAUUGCUGAAGCCCUGGAAAGUGAGGGCCAGCGUCCCACCUGCAAAAGGGGCUUUGGGUAUCACGGAGAGAAAUUGUUGUUACAUUCUGGGAAAAAGGCCCGAAAAGAUUUCCACAUAACUACGCGGUAUGAUAAACCCAAAGACAUAGACGGGGGCGACACCUUGCUGAGACGGCAACCAAACACCAGUAUGAAGUACAGAGGCUGGCAGCCGGGUGGCAUCAUUGGACCACGGAGAUGACGUUAAAUACAUUAUUAUUUUGUAUAAAUGUAUUUUAUUAUGAAUUUGUUUGCCUUUUGAUAUUAAAACUUGUUUCAAUUAAUUCAUCUAA